AUGAAAAGAGAAAUAAAAAAAAGGAAACUUACACAUGAUAAUAACAGAGAAGAAAAGACAGGAGACGAGACAAUGAUAUGUCCCUCAGAUACAAACCAUGCAACUGUCGUACUUUCUGCCUUGAUUGCAUUGCUGGCGGUCUACGUGACACCUCUGACUGCACAACUCACCUUGUUGGAACCCCAUGGGAGAUCUGUAAUGUCUAAAAUGGAUGAAGCAUUGCUGACAGUUCACAACGAAUUGCUCAAUGAAAAUCUAACUCUUUCCUGGCUGUCUGAUCACUGUUACCAGUGCCUCUUCCAAAAACUGGGAGCCAUCCCUUCUGGAAAAGGACCUGGCCUGCCUAGCUCUGCAGUGUUUUUUGUCAGCACACAGCACCCACUUACUCUCCAGCUGAACAGCACUCAAGACACAAGAGAACUGUGCAGGGUUCACUUUAGUUUUGGGGAACAUGGAAAUUACUCUUUGUGGAUAAAAAAUCUCAGUAACCGCACACAGAAGAUCACCUGUCCUAUAAUCGUUGACAAAGAACCUAUAAACAAUUGCCUGCCGAUCCUAAUUGCUUUCCUUGUUUAUGCUGGAGUAGCCAUUCUCAUAGUCAUUGGAGGCUUUGUGAUGGGACUUGAUCCAGUGAAAAACAUAAUGUACAGGAUGAUCACUACAAUGGAGACAGAGAGACUCAUCAAUUCUGAGCUGGGAUCUUCAAACCAAGCCUCUGAAUCCUCAUCCAGAGACCCAACCUUUCCUGCCCAUCGAGUGGCCACCUCACGACUCAGAUCAUUGGAUACAUUCAGAGGGCUUUCCCUCGUAAUAAUGAUCUUUGUGAACUAUGGGGGAGGCAGGUACUGGUUUUUCAGGCAUGAAAGCUGGAAUGAAAUGGGAUCUUUCACAGGACUAACCGUGGCAGAUCUUGUGUUUCCCUGGUUUGUUUUUAUUAUGGGAACGUCUAUCACCCUUUCUCUUAACUCUAUGCUGAAACGUGGCUAUCCUCGCGUGAAGCUCUUUAGGAAAGCUCUGUGGAGGAGCGUGCAGCUGUUUCUGAUAGGAGUCAUUAUCAUUAACCCAAAGUAUUGUAUGGGGCCUUUGUCAUGGGACUCUCUGCGUAUCCCUGGAGUGCUGCAGCGACUGGCAUUUACAUACUUCAUGGUUGCAGUUCUGGAGAUACUGUUUUUCAAGGCCAGGCCAGAAGACAUUACCAUGUUUUGGAUUCCAGAGUUGAUCCUGUACUGGCCUGCUUGGAUCUUUAUUGUGGCACUGGAGACGAUGUGGCUCUGUCUGACAUUCCUCCUACCGGUUCCUGAGUGCCCAUUAGGUUACCUUGGCCCAGGAGGAAUUGGGGAUUUUGGACAUUACCCGAACUGUACUGGAGGAGCUGCUGGUUACAUUGAUCGUUGGCUCUUAGGAGAGAAACACAUUCACCAGACUCCCACAUCCCAUGUACUCUAUUUAUCAACAAUGCCUUACGAUCCAGAAGGAAUUCUGGGCACUUUCAAUUCAAUUGUUAUGGCCUUCCUUGGACUGCAGGCAGGGAAGAUACUUCUAUAUUACAAAGACCUCCACGUGCAGAUAAUGGCAAGGUUUCUUAUAUGGGGAUUCAUGUUGGGGGGCAUUUCAGCCAUUUUAACAAAAUGUUCUCGAGACCAGGGCUUUAUUCCAGUCAAUAAGAAUUUAUGGUCAUUUUCCUACAUUACUACCCUGAGCUGCUUUGCUUUUGUAGUUCUGCUUAUAAUCUAUUAUGUGGUGGACGUGAGAAGAUGGUGGUCUGGGGCCCCAUUUUUUUAUCCAGGCAUGAAUUCCAUCCUGGUUUACAUUGGACAUGAGGUGUUUCAAAACUACUUCCCCUUCAAGUGGAAAAUGCUAAACAGCCAGUCGCAUGCGGAACACCUGGCCCAGAACCUGCUCGCGACGUCCAUCUGGGUCUUCAUCUCCUACCUCCUCUACAGAAAAAAAAUAUUUUGGAAGAUUUAAUGCCCUACUGUAAAGACUGCUCUAUUGGAUAAGGAAACCUUUCUAAUCUAUUUGAUUUGGAAAUCAAUAUGGGCAGCCAUUAUGCCAAAUAAAAGGAGACCAGUUUACACAUCUUUGUUUAAUUUAACAAUGCUGUAUGAACUUUCUGGCUAUUAAAUAUUGCUUUGUCAUGUUGGAAAUUAACUAAUUUGUCCUGGUCAGAGCUGGACCAGUUCUAGUUUUUAACUGGUCAUGCUGGCUGAAGAGACUGCGUAAUGCUGUUUUUAAUUGGUCGUGCUGGUUCAAGAGACUGACAUUCCUAGUUGAAUAGAGGUUUUUGUCUACACUUAUAAGAAUUUAAUUAAUGUAACCCCUACACUUAGUUGUAUACCAGCUGGCUGUCCAUUGAUUUAUAAAGCAGCCGAAAUUGGCACACAUCCACGCUGCUUAAUCAAAGAUUUAUAGCUGUAGCUGUUAGCUAUAGCAAUGUUGGCUUGAGACUAGGUCUUGUUAGUUUCAUGCCAAGGGUUACUGGGAAAACUGGCAUUGACUCAGUUUUCAGCCUUCAUCUUUUGUCUUGGUCAGAAACAGUAAUAUUGUCCCAAUUUUUUUAAUCUUUAGAUACAAAACUGUAGUAGUGUGCUCAGCAAGUUUAAAAGUAAUUUUAUUCAGCAGUGUCAGCCCCAUUUAGAUAUAAAGUAAACAGCUGGAUUAUUUAGUUUAAUAAUUCCAAUUUUGUGUAUCACUUUUAAAUGGUAACAGCUGAUGUUUAUUUUUUUUUCUAACCUGGUGUUUUCUACGUUAACAUGUUUUGAUUAGAUGACAAUAGAAAGACAACAACGAGGAGUUAUGAUCUGCAAUAAAUACACCUCAUGUUUAA